AGUUUCUCCUAACAAAGUGUUUAGCUCAGAGCAAUAGUUGCCGCAUUCCACUCCUGUCGGCAUGCAUUUGCUUGUGCUUAGUAACAGAGUGACGAUAGCCGUGAAGGGUAACGACCCACGUUAGCUAAGGAGCAUGCAUUCGCGUGCGUAAGAUCUCAGGAUAUGUUUCUCCCUAACUAAAUCUAGCUGGAGGUCGAAGCUCUUUGAAACUUCUUUACGAGGGAUACGUGGUUCGCUUCUGCAUUUUAGGAAUUCCUAAACGCAAAUGUCGCUGUUAGAGAGGAGAGCGGCGCUCUUUACUGCACGCUAGCGUCACGUGUUAGCACCGCGUGUUAUCAGGGACCUCGGGAAUUGCUUGUACCGGCCUAUAGGUCUUGUGGUGGUAACGCUUGAUGGUAACCCUUUCCCUUCAUCGUCGUCCAAUGGGUCGUGUACGCGACGCACGAGGGUCGUUCAUGGGUGUCGUGCUCUUGCUGCUAGCGGUUCAGCAGCAGCGGCUGGUGUCAUGCCAGGGGGCGACGACAGGUACCACCUGUCCCACUCCCACCGCCACCGUGCAUGUGGCCGAGGGCGGGCGUCUCACAGGCUGCUGCGGCCAGAACCCUCAGCAGGCAUGCGGUUCCGUACAAGCAGCGCUUAACAGUGCGUCAGAGGGCGCCACUAUUCACAUCGCAUCAGGCUCCUACACCCACGCCUCCCCCUCGCCCCUCCUCUUGCCCCACCAACGUCUCACCAUCCUCGGCCCCCCCUCACCCUCCCCCCCGCCCUCAUUGACUGUUCCUACGGCCCCUGCUUCCAAGCCCUCUGCCCCUCCACCACCAUCACCACCCCUGCUGCUCUCCCUCUCCCCUCUCCUCUCCCCUCCUUUUCCUCCUCCCCCUCCUCCCGUUUUCCUCCUGAUGCGCCUGGUGCUGCUGGCACUGGGGAUGCUGUAGCAACGGGUAUAGCGACAGCUACAGAGACAGCUGUAGGAGAAUCCGCAAAAGGAGCAAUGCUGCAAUCAGGAACGGCAGCAGCAACGGCAGCAGCAGCGCCUCUGGAUUCAACUUGCAGCAGGUCCCUCAUAACGAUCUCUCGCCUGCACGUAGUGAAUGGAUGGUCAAGGAGCAAGGGCGGGUGCAUGCUGCUCCAAGGAGUGAACGCAGUGCUGAGCGACCUCACCCUCUCCAACUGCUUUGCCUCUGAGUCGGGAGGGGGGAUGCAGAUCAGCAAUGCACCGGGGCCAAUCACGAUGCGCCACGUCACCAUCCGGAACUGCUCAGUCUCCUUCCAAGUCCCUUCCACCAACCAGACCACCGCUGGUUCUCGUCGUCCCUUAGCCGCUUUUCCAUCAUCCUCCUCCUUUUUCUCUGCAUCGUCGUUUUCGUCAGCAGCAACAGCAGCGGUAGUGGCAGCAGUGGCAGCAGCAAGAGCAAUACCAGCAGCAACACCAGCAGCAGUGGCAGCCGCAAGGGCAACGCCAGCAGCACCAGCAGCCGUUGCAGCGUCGGUACCAUCAUCAUCAUCAUCAGCAGCAGCAACAGCAGCAGCAACAGGUUCUGAUGCAGCAGCAGCAACAGGUGCUGAUGCAGCAGCAUAUGUUGCCCCGAUCCAACGGACAGGGGUGACCAUCCGCUCCUCCUCGUUCCAACGCUGCAUGUCCACCACGGGUGGGGCAGUGUACGACUACAUGUCCACAUUCGACGUAUCGCACACGGCCUUCCUCUCAUCUUCUGCUGUGCUCCUUCCCAGCGACUACACCACCGGCGUCGGUGGCUGCCUCAAGCUCAACAGCACGGCAGCCGCCUCCUUUGCCCACUGCCGCUUCGCGCACUGCUCGGCCUUCAUAACCGGGGGUGCGGUGACCUUUUACCAAGGAGACGCACAGCCGCAGAUCCACAACUGCACGUUUGAGGAGAACGAAGCCCUGAUUCAGGGUGGGUCCAUCGAGCUGGUUUUCGUGAAAGGCCCAGCGAACUUCACAGACUGCACGUUCCGCCGUAACCGCGUUACCAACGGGCCGAGCUUCGGAGCGGCGAUCCUGUCGCUGGGCGUGCCGAUGCGCGUGGAGAGGAGCCGGUUUGAGCGGAACAUAGCGGUGAACAUGAUGCCUCCAGUUGCAGAUGGCGACACGUUUCUCACCCAGGGCGGGGCGAUUGCAGCGAAUAUGUUCAUGGACCCUCUGGUGGUGUACGACAUCAUCGACAGCGAUUUUGUCGAGAACCAGGCGGGGCAAGGAGGAGCCCUGUAUGCGGACACGGGGCGUAUCACGCUGCUCAACUGCCUCUUCCUGCGAAACGGGGACCAUGCCAACUCCUCCCUUGGUGGUGCUAUCACCUCGCGGGGACGAACCGUGAUCGACAACUGCUCGUUUGUGGACAACAAGGCGCAGGACGAGGGUGGCGCGCUGCACUUCCUGCCCUAUGACAACCUCACCAUUGCCAAUUCGCUCUUCCAACGCAACUCCGUGCUCAAACAGAACGGGGGCGCUAUCAACGUGUACGCGGGCACGGGGGCAGUGCGAGUGGUGAACACCACGUUCGUCAACAACACGGCAGAGAGCUCCAAGGGCGGGGCAGUCUACAGCGAGUCGGUGUCUAUCACCUUUGAUAAUGUCACACUAGACGGCAAUAAAGCAGGGCUGCAGGGGGGGGCAGUGGCAGUCUAUGCCUCCAGCAGCGAUGGUGUGCCCACAGAAGCCUCUUUCCUCUCCUGCCGCUUUGUGCGCAACGAGGCGGUACUAGGGGGAGGUGCCAUCUACUCGGGGCUGAGCAUGCGCAUGCGCAUGCAGGCGUGUGUGGUGGAGGCCAACAACAGCACCGGGCUGGGUGGCGCCGUGCUUGUGCAGGAGUUCUCACGGGUCGACAUGACACGCACGCUGUGCCAAGGGAACAUAGCCCUCACAGGAGGUGCCUGCCUCUCUCUGCUGGCCAAUGCCCAGGCCACGGUGACCGACUCUGUGCUGCAGGGCAACGAGGGCGGCAGCGAGGGUGGGGCAGCUCGCAUCAGUGGCAGCGCGCACCUCUCCCUCCUCUCCUCCUCCGUCUCCCGCAACACCGCCGCGUGGGGCGGGGCCGUGUGGGUCGAAAUGGGUGCAUCGCUCAUCAUCGAUAACCGGACGAUGCUCGCUGGUAACCGUGCGCAGUACCUCGGCGGGACAGUGUACGCGACGCACGUGUCAAGAGUGGAGGUGCGAGGCGGGAGCGUGUUUCGGGACAACUCGGCGCUGCAUGGGGGAGCGUUGGUGGUUGGAGCAGAGGCGAGGGUGUCAGCAAGCGACUGUGCGUUUGAAAACAACACCUUGUCGGCAAUCCUCUUCCAGGGGUUUUCCCAGGGGUCCCUUAGAAACUGCAGCUUUUCUCGGAAUUCCAACGCGGCAGGGAGGGGCGGGGCGAUGCUGGUCGGAGACAGGACGACGGUCGCCGUCCACUCGUGCCAUUUCGCCAAGAACUGGGCAGCACUUGGCGGCGCAGUGAGCACCGAAGGCGGCCCGUAUCUCACGAUCAACGGCUCACAUUUCACCCGGAACAUCGCUCAGAUCGGCGCAGGGGUGGCCCUUGCAGGCACUACUUCGUUCGCCAUGGGGGACUCGGUUUUUUCUGGGAAUAAUGCGACGAAGGCGGGAGGGGGAGUGGCGGUUUUGGAGCAGGUGACUGGGGAGAUCACGGGGUCGAGGUUUGCAGGGAACUAUGCGGUGGUGGGGGGCGCUGGGGUGUAUUUGCUGCGCUCUGCUGCAGCUGAUAGCCCUCAGGGGAGUGCGUCUGCGCGUGAAAAGAGAGCUAAGAGAGCCAGGAACUCCAGGAGGAUUGCAUUGGCUAGCAGCAGCAGCAGCAGCAGCAGAAUGAGGGAAACGGCAGCUACUGGUGGCGCUUCUACUCCAAAUGGCACCACCUCCUCUUCAUCCGCCUCUCUCCAGUCGACCAAUCAGGUUCUCUGUCGAGGCUUGGUGUUUGAUGGCAACAGUGCCAUGGACGCGCACGGAGUGGCCUUCUUCGAAGCUUCCUACAGUCCUGACCUGCGGUCCGCCUGUGGGGACUGUCUGAUGCUGCAGCCGCCAGACACACAGGGCAGCAUGCCGGCAGACUUCUACCUCACAUGGCCGGGGGCGGCAGCAUCAUCCAAGGAGACAGGUGGCAGCUUCUCAGUGGUCGGCGCCAUGGGAUCCAUGCUGACUGGACUGCAGGUGGUGGUGGUGGAUCAAUUUGGAAACGUUGUCUCCAAGGACGACUCGGCCUUGGCCCGUGUAUCCCCUGACAGCCGCAUCAGCGGGUCACUCAGGGGCACGGCGCAGGCCGGCAUCAUCACCGUGCCGCCCAUUGCUGUCCGCGUGUCGCCGGCGGACGCGCUACAGCCGAUACCGCUCACGGUCACGGUCUCCUCCAUCACCAACGCCUUCCCGGACUUCUCCCACCCCUUCAACAUCUCGUUCUGCCCGGCCGGGCAGUACUUCGAUGGAGAAAGCUUCAGCUGCCAGGAUUGCCCAGUGGGCCACUGGUGUGCCCCCGGCCAGGGCAUGGAGACGUGCCCAGACGGCACGUUCACGUUCUACCCCAAUGCCGUGUCGGAGGACGAGUGCACGCCGUGUGACGAUGACAGCCUCGACUGCCGCUACGGCACCAUGCAGAUCGACUACCAGAACUGGCUGGACCCAGCAUCUCUCAACAGCACGCCCACCACAUAUGCGUGUCUGCUCACCAACGGCUGCUCUGGCACCACCUACACUGGGCCUAACACCACGCAGUGUGCCGUGGGCUACAACAACACGGUGGCCAUGUGCUCCCUGUGUGCGGACGGCUACUAUCUCGUGCUGCAGUUCUGCGAGCAGUGCACCUCUGCCUUCAAAUCGGUCUUCCCUCUCCUUCUAGUCAUAGUGCUGGUGGUGUGGGUGGCGAUGAACAUGCUGGCCGACACCUUUGCAGCGAUGGACAUAUUCCUCACCGAGGUGCAGCUGCUGGCGAUGGUGGCGUCUUUCAACCUCAACUUCCCCGCCUCCUGGGUCAAGACCGUGGUGCUGCUCUAUAAUAUCGCUGCGUUCGACCCCGACAUCAUAGGGCCGGAGUGCGUGUUCUCUCUGCAGUUCACAGGCAAAUUCUACAUGAACAUUCUCAUCCCUGUUAUAGGCCUCCUCGUUUACGCACUAGUGUUUGCGCACCACCGCUGGCUGGGUGGCUCGUUCUUCAUACGGGUGCACUCGUGGCAGCGCAAGGAGCGGCAGAAGCAGCGCUUACUCCAGCACUCUGUAACGAAGCGGCGGGCUUAUAACGAGUAUGAGAACUCGAUCGUGCACGCUUCGCUCAAGUGGCUGGACAUCUGCUACGUGUCGGUCAUGGUCAAAGUGCUGCAAGUCUUCAAGUCCCAAACGGUCGGCUCGGCAACAGUGAUGGCAGCGGCGCCGCAGAUCCUCUGGCUCUCCCCCGUGCAUGUUGGCAUGCUGGUUACCGCCGUGCUGGUUACGCUGGUGUACCUGGUGGGGCUGCCGGCGCUCUUUGCUGGCGUGCUGAUCGACGCACACACGUGCGACGUGCUCUCUUCCGCGCUCUUCAAACAGAGAUUCGGGUGGCUCACCGAACGAUUCACUCCCAAAUUCUGGUGGUGGCAUCUGACCAACAUAGGGUUGAGGGUGCUGCACGGCUGUAUCCUCGUGUUCCUGCAGCAGGAAACCAAGUCGCAGCCACGCACUACAAGACCUCGCCCCUCGCCUCGCUCUCUCUGGAGUAACCUGCAGGCGCUGCUCACCCUCGGCCAGUUCUUCUUCACGCUCUCGCUCGUCUGCUACAACUACCUCAACCUCUCCCUCUUCUCUCAGAUCCUCUUCGGCUUCUCCUCCGCCUUCAUCCUCAUCCCCACUAUAACGCUCCUCGUUUACGACUGUGUAAACAAUCACCUCGACCUCGCAAACGCGCGCAUGCUGCACCGCGUGUGGAAAGCCGAGCGCAAGCGCCAAAAGGCCCGAUUCGAUAAAAUGGACCCCUAUGACCUGGUCCCCGCUCAAGACAUAUGCGCCUGGUUCCGCCCUCACAUCAUCUUUGCGACUCUCCUCACCAACCGAACUGAGGAGCGGCGACUGCUGCUGCGCGUUCGGGAUCGGUUCGAGACGUGCCGAUUGGUCGGUUUGGCGCCCAUGGAUUGGCUAAACCACCUGAAGAAGCCGCAGCUGUAUGCUGUGCUCGCACAGGCGCUGCUGGGGGCGAGCACUGGCCAUGUGACUGUAGCGAGGGUGCCUAAGGAUGGGUGGUUCUGCAGGGCGCAUGGCGUGUGGCAUGCCUCGGGGGAGGAAUGCCAGGGAAGGGAGAGCCUGGGGAAUGGUUCGGUGCACGGGAUGGGCCAGCAACAGAGAGGGGAUUCUUCUCCUGGUGAAUCUCAGGUGAAUGGUUUGGUGGACCAGCAGCAGCAGCAGCCACUGUUGCAGCAGCGAGGGGGAGGGAGGAACUCGUGGUAUGAGCUGGAUGAGGCUGACGUGUGGCCACCUCAGCUGGAGAGCCACGUCAUCUGGGCAUCUUCCAGCGUGGCUGCUGCUGACGUGGACAACAUGGGUGCCGCAGCAGGAGGAGGAGGAGGAGGAAGAGGGUCAGGAGGAGCAGGAUGGGAGGGAAUAGGAGGACUUGGAAUGAGAGUGGGGGUGUGUGGGGAGUGAGAGGAGGGGCAGGAGGAAUGGGAGCAGGAGCAGGAGCGGGAGACAGUGAUACAGCAAGUGUUGAAAGCGAUAGCAGUGAUUUCAGCAGCACAAGUGGCAGUGGCGGGGGGGAGUCCCGAGAGGUGUGGGAGGCGGGGGAGCCAUGGGUGGGCUGAGCUCUGGAGCGCUCUCUACCGCGGCCAGUAGGGCCGGGCUUGGCCUCCGUGUAGGAAUAGCAGCGGCGGCGGCAGGAGCAGGAGGAGGAGCAGCAGCAGCAGGAGGGCCGGUGCUGAGGAGAACCCCUUCUAUUCGCGUGCAGAAUCUGGUGUCGUGGGAGGAGACCCCGCAUGAAGGCAUGCCAGAG